AUAAGCUGAAAUCUUCUAUUGAAUACAUGAGGAAUAUGCUGAGCAAAGCUGACAAGAUAGAAAAUCUACAAGGAAAGGGAUCAGUUGAGGCUUCUUUUGACUCCAUGCUGAAAGAAUCACCACAUGAAAUACCCUUUGACAGGACUGGAAUCAGUUUUGUCCAUGCCAAUGUAAAACAGCUUCGUGGUGUUAUCAAGGUGACAGGAAUGGUCAGAACAGUCACGUUCACCCCAACAGAGAGACCGGAGUGCGUGCCCGAUUCUGCAACAUACAACGCCAUCAUUCUGGAACCAGCAGAAAUGCCUUCAGUGACGGAGAUGGACCGGAUGGUGUCUGACGAGGAGAUAACAUACCCGACUCUGGAAUGGGACUCAAGCACUGCUGACAAGUGUCUUGACGUAUCUGAAUGUGUCAUCACAAACAUCACCCCAGCCGUCCUUUCACCAAAUUCUGGAUGUCGGAUUCUAAAUUGUGGAUUAUGUCUGGCGUCCAGACCUUUGGUGGUCCGUCGCGGUCAGCGUUGCAUGUUCCGAGUAAAGUUUUCGUUCUCUAUGAAGAAGUUUGUAGGAAGUGAUAAACUCGUACAAGAGAUAGCCCUGACACCCUUCCCCGUAGAAGCUUCCCGGAGUCAACUGAUCGGACUGAGUGUAAAUGUUUCUACAUGUUCAAACCACAAAGAGAAACUGUGUCUCCGGGUUGACUACAAUAGAUACUUCCUCACUGAUAUCCCAAUCACUCCGAUCAGAGUUGGACGGUCGUAUGACCUGCAGUUGGAUUUUCUGCUUGAUGGAGCUGAUGAUAGAAUGUUUGUUAUUGAUGCUGUUGAUAAAUGUGUGUACACCACUGUUAGAGAUGUAGAAUUCGACAGACCAAUUUGGGUCAUGACGUGUCUUGGACUUCCCACAACAGCAGAUGUAAUUGGAGAACUCAUCACAGGCCACAGCAUCACAGAUACCUUCACCUUGUAGGGUCGGUGGAGUAGCCUUGUGGUUAGAGUGUUUGCUCGUCACGCUGAAGGUUCGGGUUCGAUUCCCCACAUGGGUACAAUAUGUGAAGCCCUUUUCUGGUGUCCCCUGUCGUGAUAUUACUGGAAUAUUGCUUAAAGCGGCGUAAAACGACAACUCAUUGACUCCUAAUCGACACAUUGUGUUUU